GGAUUUGUAAUCUGGUACAAAAGGGAAAUUAAACGAGAAAUGAAAUAAAAAUAAAACAAAUACAGAGAGAGUAUUUGGCUGAAGAUCAGAAAAACAGAUCUUCAGCGAAAUAAAAAGAAAUGGCAAAUCAUCCGUCUCUUGUUCCUGAAAUCGGACCUGAUGGUAUAGCUAGAGAAUCCCCUGUCAUUGCCUAUACAGAAAAGAUAAUUGCAGCGGAGCAACUUUCACUUCAAAAAUAUAUUGAGGAGAACUACAGUAAAAUCCGUGAUGUUGAACGAGAGCUGACGAAUCUAAAUUUGGAAUUAAAGCUCACAGCUGGCCCCAAGAAAGCAGCUUUGGAACACAUGCGCAAGAAAAUAGAAAUGGCAACGGAGAAAAUACGUCUAGCUAAGAUAAAAGAAGAACAAGCUAAAAAGGCAUGGGAAGAAGCAGCGAAGGUUGUAAAAGAUGAGGAAGCAAUCAAGCAGAAGCUGUGUGAUGAUUUAAACAGUCUGGUCCAAGAAAGCAGUCAAUCACAGUAUGCUAGACUGGAGGAACUAAAAAGAAGGCUUGAAGCUUUAAAUCCAGGCAGGGCUUCUGCCUCCAGUUUACAAGAUUUAAAGUCACCACAGGGCAGCACACCAGCUCCAGAUGUUUCAUCUAAUUCACAGAGAACAGCGCCAGCUGGUCAGACGGCUGGAAACUCACACGAUCAAGGGAACACACCAGCUGUAAAUGGUCAGGGUCUGCAACCUUCUGUUGAAGGAGAAGGAAGAGCGAAGAAGAAGAUUAUAAAUCCAGGAAGAGGUAAAAGUGGCUUUGUGCCCAAGGGUAGAGGAUCACCAGGGCCUGGCUGGACAGGUGCUGGUUUCGAUGUCGAUGCAAGGUCUUGAUCAAAUGCCAUAACAAGGAUCUCCUCAAAUUUGCUGAAAGCUAAAGUAGCAAGGAAAGUUCACGUUGUUAGAAGGUGCCACCUAAUUCUUUCUUAAAUUUGCCAAAAUUUUAUGUCUGUGUUGCUACCAUGUUCUCAAAAUUGAGCGAUCUUUUCUGUCCCUUGUCUACUGCUUUUGCCUGUUCACAUGUACAAAAACUUGCCGUUUCUCUUUAAAAUGGAAAUUCUGUAGGAUAUAAUUUUUUUCUUGUCUCA